AUGGCGGCGGAGCUACAUCCACGGAGCGGAAAGCUGAUCGGCCUGUCCAACUCCAACCGCACCGCCCGGCGCAACCAGCCGGUCCAGGAGUUCAACCACGGCCUGGUGCUCAGCAAGGAGCCGCUGAGGGACCGGGAUGUCUUCACCGUGCGCAUUGACAAGAAGCGGCUGCGGGAGCGUCGCUGGUGGGACGAGCCGGGCUCUGCGCGCCCCUCCGCCCGCAGUGAGGGGGGCUGCUUCUGUCAGGCGGGUUUCGGGGGGACAGACGGCCGUCCUCACGGCUGUCCGGGUGUCGGGGUAACGCUGCCCGGGAAGCCUGUUGCCCGGCGCUGCGGCCAGGGAAAACGGCCGGCAUGUUGA